AUGGAUGAUCGAAUGAAACGGGAACUUAAAUUAACUUUCCCUAAAACCAAAUGGUGCGGACCCGGGAAUACUGCCACGGGGUACGAUGACCUAGGGCAAUUGCGAGAUCUCGACUCGUGCUGCCGCGAACAUGAUCUUUGUCCACAUUCUCUGUCUCCUGAUAUAUCCCACUGUGAGUGCGACAACCGUUUGCGUUUGUGUCUACAACCACUACUGGCCGUCUCGCAGUCGGCUCGUAUCAUACGGGUAGCAGUAGUUGAGGAGAAAGACUGGACCCAAAAAAGAUAG